GUAUAUUAAGACGAGAUCCUCCCCCAUAUAACUUAAACAAUAUACAACAAUACAACAUCAAUAUACUACCAUAUUAUGAUAGCGUUGCACCACUUGGCAGUGCUGGGCAGUGUCCAACGUCAGACAAGCAGUCCAAUAGAUGCAUUUUGAGGACCACCUAGUAAUCUAAGGUUCGGUCAAGAUUACCUAGCAUGGUGUCGUGAUAGGUACCUAUGUUAUAUUUGUUAGGAUAAUCUGAUCAGCGCAUACAACCACGUUGACCGCCUAUGCUCUUGGAAUCCAAUUCACCAACCGGUUCCUACAAGCUCAUGUUCGUAUUUAUGCAUAGCCUCCACGAUAUGCUACUUGUUUAUAUCCAGACUGCCUAUUCCGCUUCUGUAUUCUCAUUUUAUUGAAUCGGACUAAGCUAGAUGCCCACCUUAGGUACCUAAGGCAGCCCACGCUAUCCUUUAGACUUACAGGUUUAUUUGCUCGCUCCCAUCUGACAGUAUGUCUGCCUUCUAUGGACUAAACUUUAGCACCCCGCUUGAGGAUUUGAUCCCCCCCCCUACAACAGUCAAUGAUACUCACAAGGUGUAUUCUAUUGCUGUAUCAUCUAUAGUGUUAGGUGUUAUCACCACUCUUGUCGUCUUUAUCCGCCUAGGUACUAGAUUGACGUCCAAGACCUUGGGGCCAGAUGACUAUGCCAUCAUCCCAGCAACUGUCCUUUAUAUCGGAUGGAUUGCUUUAGCCGGAUACAUGAAUUUGAACGCAGGAAUUGGCAAGCCGCUGUGGGAAAUAACUGUUGGCGAGUACGGAAGAUGGUACCAAGGAAUCGUAGCCGCAUUGUUUCUUUACCCUGCUAUGUCGGCCUCGGUACGAAUAUCUAUUCUCCUUCUCUAUCUACGCGUGUUCGCUCAAGGCAAUCGACGCCGAGCUCUGGUAUUGUAUGCUUCGUUAGCCCUGCAAGGAAUCUAUGUGGUUGUCUUCUCAAUCCUCCCUGGUUUUGUCUGCCGGCCGAUCGACAAUGUCAAGUACCCGCUUGAACACACGACAUAUUGUGACGACGUAUUCUAUGCGCAUGUACAAACCGGUCUAUACAGCGUUAGUGUCGGAUACGAUAUCAUUUUGCUCGUCCUACCCAUAUCUUGGGCAUUUAAACUUCAAUUGCCCAUGAGGAAGCGUGUCGGCCUUGUCAUCAUCCUUGGAUUUGGAGCAGGUUCUAGCGUCGCAGCAGCAUACAAGCUUGCGGUCCAAAUUACAGAGACUUGGGACCAUAAGCCAAGGAGCUUACAAUGGUAUAACUACUUAAUGUCGCGCUUUGUUCCUACGCAAUUCGAGACAUACGGAAGGACCUUCUGGGUUCCCUCGGUUGUCGAGCCGACAGUUGCUUUAAUCGGAGCUUCUUUACCUGCUUUAUACCAGUUAUCGAUGCAGACUUCACAGAAGCUUUCAUCGAUGAAAGCUAGUCCGGAAAAUAGCAAGCUAUCAGGCAGUGGCGUGCCAAGUGGAAGAAAGGACCUUUUCGGUGGAAGGGCAAGGACUUUAGGAAGUGGAUAUCAGAGUAUGAACGAUUCCGAUAUCGAACUCCAUAGAUUAGCAGUAUAAAAUACACAGAAAGUAAAUUUCAUCUUCUCAUGAA